GAAUUGAGUAACAGACAGCUGCUGUGUUCAACACGACUCCUGCAGAACUGCUCUGAAAAUACACAUAUUCUCAACCUGACUGAAGACAGAGGACGAAAUGGCCUCUAAACUAGAUGAGGACCUCACUUGUCCUGUGUGCUUUGACAUCUUCAAGGACCCUGUCAUCAUCUCCUGUAGUCACAGUUUGUGUAAGGCCUGUCUGCAGCAGUUCUGGAAGACCAAGGGGUCCAGAGAGUGUCCAGUCUGCAGGAGAAAAUCAUCAAAAGACAACCCUGUAGUUAACCUUCACUUGAAGAACCUGUGUGAGACCUUCUUGCAGGACAAGAGUCAGAGAACUUCCGCGGGGUCAGAGGUGCUCUGCAGUCUGCACAGUGAGAAACUCAAGCUCUUCUGUCUGGAGGAUGAACAGCCUGUGUGUCUGGUGUGCCGAGACUCAAAGAAACACAGAGGACACACCUUCAGUCCCAUUGAUGAAUCAGCAACAGAUAUGAAGGAAGAACUCAUGAUUAAACUGGAGCCCCUGAGAAAGAAGCUGAAGACAUUUGAAAAAGUUAAACUCAUCUGUGACCAAACCGAAGCUCAUAUUACCAAUCAGGUCCAGCACACAGAGAAGCAGAUCAAGCAGGAGUUUGAGAAGCUUCACCAGUUUCUACGAGAUGAAGAGGCUGCCAGGAUAGCUGCACUGAGGGAGGAAGAGGGGAGGAAGAGUCAGAUGAUGAAGGAGAAGAUUGAGAAGAUGAGCAGAGAGAUCUCAUCUCUUUCAGACACAAUCAGAGCCAUAGAGGAGGAGAUGGAAGCUGAUGAUGUCACAUUCCUGCAGAACUACAAGAAUGCACUGAGAAGAACCCAGUGCACACUGCAGGAUCCAGAGAGGCUUUCAGGAGCUCUGAUCAAUGAGGCAAAGCACCUGGGCAACCUGAAAUUCAGAGUCUGGGAGAAGAUGCAGGAGAUUGUUCAAUACACUCCUGUCACUCUGGAUCCCAACACCGCACACCCAGAUCUCAUCCUGUCUAAUGACCUGACCAGUGCAACAUGUGGUGGGAGACGGCAGCUUCCUGAUAAUCCAGAGAGAUUCAACUGGGCUCUCAGUGUGCUGGGCUCUGAGGGCUUUAACUCAGGGACACACUGCUGGGAUGUGGAGUUUGGGGAUAAUAGAGACUGGACCGUGGGUGUGAUGACAGAGUCUUUCCCAAGGAAGGGAGACUUCACCUCCAUGAGCGGACGAUGGCUUGUGACGUAUAGGGGUGGUAAAUAUAGAGCACGUGCCCUACCACAGCCUGACACGUUCCUCACAAUCCAUCAGAAACUCCAGAGGAUCAGAGUGCAGCUGGACUGGGACAGAGGAAAGCUGACAUUCUCUGACCCUGAUAGCAACACACACCUAUUCACGUUCACACACACUUUCACUCAGAAAGUGUUUCCCUACUUCUUGUGUCUGUGUGAACCUGGCUUAAGAAUCCUACCAGUGAGGACUGCAGUAACCAUAGAACACCAUAAAUAAGACCAUAAAUGUGAGUGUGUAUGUGUGUGUAUAUGUACAAGUAUAUGUAACUGAGGGCUUCCUACGCAGUCCACCACACAGGUCUCGUGACUUUCCAGUUUGCGCUCCCAUUCUAACUCUACUGGUUGGUAACCAUUAGCCAGGCCGUGCCCUCCUAGUGACGCAACAGCUUCAGCGUUGCUAUCAGUCAGGUCAAGAGUCAAUGCAAGUACUUUCUGAGUUCCCGCAAAUACGGGAACUCCUCCCACUUUGUUGGAAAGCAAACAAUCAUGAGCAAACGAAGGGUGGCCAUUUGGAAAAUGCCGUUUGGGAAAUGUUCAUUGUUAAGCUCUUGGUCAGACCAAGUCUCGAAGAGAUUUGAAAGUCUAUGAUAAUCAGGCUAGGUAUCCAUUACAUUAACCCCCUAACCACUCACCAUCUUUUCAUUCUUUUCAUUUGUCGUUGGCUUCAUAUCAGUCAUAUUAUGUCAUGUUUUGAAAAUUAAAAAAUACAUGUAAAGAUUUGACAGUGUAGUGUGUGGAUUUAUGGCUAUGGCUUUGUGAAGUGUUGUGUCUUCUGAAUAAAAUGUGAUAUUACACUCAAGGCGUUUUAUAGUGAUAUUUGAAUGGUAUUUCUCAUUUCAGCCUAUGGUGGGUGUUAUAUGAUGUGUAAUAUUCCACAUAAGAGUCUGUAAUGUAAU